AUGAGUACUCUAAGAAGCAUAAGAAUCAAGCUGAUCUUGAAGCUUCGGAGACCUGAGUUGGCCAUGAAGUUUCAAAGGUGUAAAGUAGCCAAGAAGCUUCCUAGUCAUGAGUAUGCCAGAAUUCUUCAAGAGCAUGAGUUGGUCAAGAAUGUUUCCUUUAACGUUAAAUUGGCCAAAACAAAGAUUUUUCUCAUCUUCGUUGGGCUAUGCUCUUCUACUUCAAUCCCCGUUUCCGUCUGUGGAGCCACAGAAGUUUGGCAGCAAUGUGCGUCUGCAUGUGAGCCAACAUGUGAAAAUCCGUAUCCAAAAUGUUCUAAAGAAUGUGGUCCCGCGAAGUGCCAAUGUGCUCCAGGUUUCGUUCGUGACAAUACUAGUGGGAAAUGCAUAGCAGUAACAUCUUGUUCUGGUCCUCCUGUAUGCCAGGUUGGAGAAGUCUUUUCUACUUGUUCCACAAAGUGUGAACCAACAUGUCAAAAUCCGAACCCAAUUUGUAUCGCUUCAUGUGGUCCAGCGAAGUGCCAAUGCGCUGCAGGUCUUGUUCGCAACUCCUCUGGGAAAUGCGUAACACCAACAUCUUGUUCUGUGAAUCCUGUAUGCCAAGUUGGAGAAGUCUUUUCUAAUUGUUCAGCACCGUGUGAACCGACAUGCCUUGAACCAAAACCAACUUGUGUAGCUAUAGCGUGUGGUCCUCCAAAGUGUCAGUGCGCUCCAGGUUUUGUUCGCGGCUCUUCUGGGAAAUGCAUAUUACCCACAUCUUGUUCUGGCCCUCCUGUAUGCCAAGUUGGGGAAGUCUAUUCUACAUGUUCAACAGCUUGUGAACCGACAUGUCUUAAACCAAACCCAAUUUGUAUCGCUUCAUGUGGUCCAGCGAAGUGUCAAUGCGCUGCAGGUCUUGUUCGCAACUCCUCUGGGAAAUGCGUAGCACCAACAUCUUGUUCUGUGAAUCCUGUAUGCCAGGUUGGAGAAGUUUGGAUGGAGUGUGCGUCUGCAUGUGAAGCAACAUGUGAAAAACCAAAUCCUCUAGUUUGCACACUCCAAUGUCUCCCUGCUGCCUGCCAAUGUGCUCCGGGUUUCGUCCGUGACAAAACUACUGGAAAAUGCAUAUUACCCACAUCUUGUUCUGUGAAUCCUGUAUGCCAAGCUGGAGAAGUCUAUUCUAAUUGUUCAACACCGUGUGAACCGACAUGUCUUCAACCUAACCCAACUUGUGUAGCUAUGUGUGGACCACCAAAGUGUCAAUGCGCUCCAGGUUUUGUUCGCGACUCUUCUGGGAAAUGCAUAUUACCCACAUCCUGUUCUGGCCCUCCUGUAUGCCAAGUUGGAGAAGUAUAUUCUACUUGCUCAGCAAUAUGUGAACCAACAUGUCAAAAUCCAAACCCGAUCUGUAUUAAACAAUGCGGCUCCGCAAAAUGCGAGUGUGCUCCAGGUUUGAUUCGUGAUCAAGCAACUGGUAAAUGUGUGCUACAAGCUUCUUGUAGUUCUACGGUACCCAGUUGUCCAGUUGGGGAGCAUUGGAGUCAAUGUUCAUCUCAUUGCGAAUCUACUUGUUCAAACAAAAACCCGAUUUGUACGAAAGUCUGCAGUCCAGCAAAAUGCGCAUGUAAUACAGGCUUGUCCCGUCAUCCAAUUAGUGGAAAGUGUGUUUCAUCAGAGCUCUGUCCUUCGGCCAUGAACUGCGGUUUGAACGAAGAAUUCAGUGAAUGCGGUGCUCGAUGCCAAGCAACCUGCGACUAUCGCACUGGAAUUAAUAGACCCCAGAUUUGCCCCGCUAUAUGCAUGCCCGGGUGCGUUUGUUCUGCUGGACAUAUCAGGUUCGGCCAAGUUGAUGGAUCCGGAGGAGUCUGCUUACGUGAAAACUUCUGUGUCAGCUAUUAUCCAAAACUCUUUCCGGAUUGGUGA